CUCACUUUUGAGGUGAAAUCAGAAACUUAGAUUACGAGUUGUUUACUAUCCUCGAUUUUUUCUCUGUCAUGGCUAAGAGAGUAGCAGUAAUUGGGGGUGGUGUAGCUGGAUUGACAUCCAUGAAGAACGCUCUCGAUUCAGGCUUUGAACCCACGGCAUACGAAAAGGAUUCUUGGUUUGGAGGCAUUUGGUAUUACACCGAAGAUGAACAUCGAUUUGUUGCACCUAAAUCAACAAUUUUCAACACAAGUAAACACUUCUCUUGCUUCAGCGACUUUCCAUUUCCCAAAGAGACACCAAAUUAUCUUACUGCAGAAGAAUUCCAACGAUAUCUGGAAUCUUAUGCCGAGAAGUUCGAUCUUAGUAGACGAAUACGAUUCAACACUGAAGUCUUGAAGGUAGAGAAAUGCAAAGAUUAUGAAAAGACUGGUAGAUGGGAGAUCCAUUCAAAGACGUCUGAUGGCAGUGGAAAAGAGAACGUUUGUAUUGAAGAGUAUGACUAUGUGAUGGUUUGCAGUGGUACAUAUUCCAACCCAUUCGUCCCUAAGAUAGCAGGAAUAGAUGCCUUUACUGGUACAGUGAUUCAUAGCAAAUCUUACAAGACUUACAAACCYUUUGAAGGAAGGCGAGUCUUGGUCGUGGGACUUGGAAAUACAGCAGGAGACAUAGCCUGUGAAUUAAGUAGACACGCCAAGCAAGUCUAUGUUAGCACUAGACGAGGUACAUAUGUAGUUCCACGRAUAGCAGCUGGUGGAAUGCCGAGUGACCUUAAUUUCUUWASAAGAGCAGUUCAAUCCCUCCCUAAAAGUCUUCUAGCGUGGCUUWUAAAAAGAAACUUGUCCUCGCUGUUCAACCUCCCUGACCUUGGCCUCGAACCCAUCGGUGAUGAAUCUCUAKCUUUUCUCUUGAUCAAUGAUGAGCUUCCUCAUCGAAUUGUGACUGGAACACUGAUUGUGAAGGAUGAAAUUAUUGGUUUUAAAGACAGGAAAGUGUUCUUUAAAGACCAUACAGAAUUGGAUGACAUUGAUGAUGUGAUAUUUGCCACUGGAUAUGAUGUUUCUUUUCCUUUCUUAACCAAGUCUGUAAUGAAUCCAGACACAGCAAUGUCAGGUCAUCAGUCUUACAAGGUGGUGUUUCCUCUUGGUCUUUCUCACCCAACAUUAGCUCUUAUUGGUAUUUUUCGAGUUGCUGGAAGUGUGAUUCCAGUAAUGGAGAUGCAAGCUCGCUUUGCCAUGCAAGUUUUUAAAGGAGAAUUUAUCUUGCCAAGUAAAGAGUUGAUGAAGAAAGAGGUUGUUGAAAGGAGGGCAGCAUUACUCAAGACUGGAAUAAAAAGAUCAAGUGGUAGUUCUUACGUGCUAAAUGAAGGUUUUGUCAAUUACUUGGAUGACAUUGGAUCUCUGAUAGGAGUCAAACCCAACUUUUGGAAACUGUUUUUUCAAGAUCCUAAGCUAGCAAUAAAGUGUUUCUUUGGUCCAGCUAUCCCUGCACAGUACCGUCUGAUGGGACCAGGGGCGUGGUCAGGUGCAAAACAGGUCAUGGAAGAAGUAGAAGAACRCAUGUUGGCUCCAUUUACAGCCAAGAAGGGUACUAAUGAUUAUCCAUCUACUAGUUCAUCAAGUUUUUUGUGGAUUGUGUGUAGUGUUGUUGUAUUGUUAAUUGCUUUAUUGGUGUUUUAUAAAUAAUAUUCAUUUUUUAUUGAACAAAAUACAUGUAGAGUUACUAGUAUUUGAUUCUUGUUUGCAGUAGAAAAAACAUUUACUUAAUAAUAUUUUGUACUAGACUGAAGACAGCAUUAUUAGAGGAAGAUUUUUUAUUGAAAUGGGCAUGGGUUAAUUACCGAGAACAGAAUUAUAAGCAUAUACAUACAUCCCUGAAAAUUAUCGCCAACGUUUGAGGUAAUUCAGUAUAUAAUUGUAUCAUUGAAAAGGUUGGCUUGUUGCUAACGUUCGAUGUAAUUAAUUAUUUUGUUUCAUUGAAAAGGUUUUCACUGAAAAACAAUCCAGAAUAACAUUGAUAAUCAGAUCAUUAUUCCAGAAUUCCCAAAAUGGAGAUCUGAACAAUUGCUGGUCAAUUCUAUUUAUGACAAAAUUAUAGUGUAAAACUAKAGUAACCACUGACAAAGCUAGUUUUUAGUUCCAAUUGGUUAGCUCAGUAGAGUACAAACACUAAAACUGUGCAACAUAAAUACUCUUUUACUCCGAACAAUUAACGUCCGAAACGUCAUUAAG